AUGAACUCAGCUGUGCUGAUUACCGUAUUGCUUCUUCUUGUUGCUUUCACCUUGGUCUCCGUCUCCUACACUGCGUACAUCGUGCUCGUACGCCGAUCCGGGGCCCGCACACAAGACAGACUUCCUUGGAGCACGUUGGGUAUCGCGUCUCAACAGAGGACAAAAGUGGUGGACAUAACGGCUAUCCCUGUGCUGCCAGCUCCCUCGUAUCGAGGAUCUCGAGCAAACCAUGAGAGCACACCUUCUAUGCGCGUCGCAUACCAGCAACGCGACGGUUCAUGGGCGUUUGCUGGCCCGUUGGACCCUUUCGCGCCGUCUCUCUUGGUCUCGCCGCGAACGACUUCGUUCCACUCGGCCUCACCUACGCCAAGCCUAUCACGCCAUCACGAGAAGAAGCUCUCAGAACUCGGUUCGCUCGGUCUUGACAUGGAUAUUCUUCUUCCGCCGCCAAGCUACAGUCAGGUCGAGCGAAGCCCUUUGAGUCCCCGAUACUCAGUAGUAGUGCUUGACACAUCAAGAUCACCGUCUUUGACGUGUUCCCCACCACAUACGUAUUCCGAGGCCAUACAUUCAUCCGGCGUCGAGGCGCCUUCGCUUCCACUCGUUUGUCCCGUGAGCCCGCUCUGGCCGAAGUUAUCGGAUCGCGAGACGGUUUGA